UGCCAGGAAGCCAUUUCAUUUCUAAAACACUGUUCUGAUCUGGAGCAAGUGGCUGCAAAGAUGAAAUCUACUUUCCAGUAUCGCCAGGAACUGAUCCGCAAUCCUGAAAAGUCGUCAUCUGUUUUCAAUAUAUUCCCUAGGUUUCUUGACACAAAAGGCCUGGUGCUUCAAGACUUUGAGUUGCUGUUUGGAGUAGAGACUUCAGCAAAGCUUCUGGAGAAGUGGGGAUCUUCUCUUAAACACAAAGUAAUUGGAGAAGCCAAAAACCUGACCCAGUCAUUUCAUCUGAGUCGUCUGAUCGAGUCUGCAGAGCAAUGUGAAAGCAGUCAAGAAGUUACAGAGUGGGACAGUGACAUGUCUUCACUGUUGUUGCUUCUCUAUCUCCUUCCACCACCUUCAAGUGGAAAGAAGAAUAUUGUAAAGAUCAGUGUCCAAGAAGCAUUAAACCACAUAGUAAGGUUCCACAAGUCCUGUUGCAGUUUCGAUGACGUGCUGAGGGCAGGACAGACAACACAGCCGUACAUCUUGGCAGUCGGAACUUUGAAGAAUUGCAUCCAUGACUAUUACAUCAUCAUGGAUGGACAACUCAUUCCCUGCAAGGUGAUGUCCUCUCUGGCUGCUUUUGAUGAGCUUUUCAAAGCACAUUAUGUGUUCGGCAUUUCAUAUGAUGCUGCUUUACACAGUAUGUACACGUUUCUUCAAACAACGGUUUACAACAUUGAUGUUGGUAUCACUCAUGAAAGCCCUCGAGUCAGGGAUCUUCGAGCCAAGAUUCUAAAUUAGGACACUACUGCAGAGCUUAAAAAUGUUUAGGUGCUUUGUUUGCAAGUUGACUUGCAGUACAGUCAAUGAGCUAAUACGCCAUCUAAAACUUUCAAAUGCUUUUUAUCCUGGCAGAAGAUUACAGUUGGUAUGCAAUCAGGAUGAUUGUUGUCUAAGAUUUGUUUCAUAUUCAGGGUUUAGAAAACAUUUUCAACGUAGGCACAACAGUGAGCUCUCUGACAUGUCUUUAUUUGAACCCUCCCCUGCUCCUUCUGUUGAAAGUGACCAGCAUCUGUAACACAACCUUCCAACUUAGUUUCAGGAAAUCCAGGAACAUCUUCAAACACUGAUGAGAGAAAGUUGAGAACCCAAGAAAUGUGUGCAUCAGUUAUUGCAAAAUUACAGAGUAGCGGAGUAGCCUCCAACGUAAUUACAUCAGUGGCUGAAAAUAUGGAAGAGCUUGUGAGUGAAUUGCAUUCAAACAUCAGAGAGGAUAUUGUUCAGUUGGUAUCUGAUGAUCACAGGUCAGAUGUUGAAGAGUAUUUUGACCAUCUUGACAACCCAUUCUCUAAUUUUACAACUGAGACAAAAUGGAAAAAGUAUUUCUUUGAGAACUGGGGUGUUGUAGAACCUAUUGAAAUACCCUUAGGAGUGAGAUAUGACAGUAGACGCAAUAGAACUACAGGCACAUAUGAUCAGGUUCCAAUUACUGAUGAAUUUGUAUAUGUUCCUUUAUUGCAGACUUUGAAAUUUAUGUUCAAAAAUGUAGAAAUUCAAAAGCAUUUUGUCCAGCCAAGUGAGAAUGGAGAAAUAUUAAGAGACUUCUGUGAUGGUAGCUAUUUUAAAGAACAUCCUCUUUUUUCCAAAGAACAAAAUUCUCUUCAGAUACAACUCUUCUAUGAUGACUUUGAAACUUCGAAUCCCCUUGGUUCUAAGCAUGGAAUCCAUAAGAUUGGAAGUAUUUAUUUUGUUUUGAGAAACCUGUCAUCAGAGAUAAACUCUGCUUUAAUGAAUAUUCAUCUUCUGGCACUUUUUCACACACAAGAUGUAAAGCGAUAUGACUUUAAUGCCAUUUUGGAUCCAAUUGUGCGUGACUUUAAAAUUCUUGAGACAUCUGGAAUUACAUUGCCGAUCUCAGAGGAUCCUGUCCAUGGAACUAUAGCUCAAGUAACUGGAGAUAAUUUGGGAAUGCACACACUUUUUGGAUUUGUAGAAUCUUUUAACUCCAAUUAUUUUUGUCGUUUUUGUUUGAUUGACAAAUGUGCUUCACAGAACAUUUUCUCUGAUGACCACCCAGACAUAAUAUUGCGUGACAGACUUCUACAUGCUCAACAUUGUCAAAGCCUCUUUUCAGAUGCUGGUCCACAAUCAUCCUUUGAUGUGUAAAAAA